AUGUCAGAAUAUUGGUUAAGCCGGGAAAUAUCAACUUUAAUUAAAUAUUUUAAGCGUUUCCCAACUGAUAUAGGCUGUUUAUCUCCCAUUUAUUUAAAUCAUAUAAUUCUUGAACCUGGCGAAUGUGUUUAUUAUGGAGCACAAGAAUUACAUGCAUAUCUUAGUGGAGAAUGUGUUGAAUGUGUAAGUUGUUCAAAUAAUACAAUACGUGCUGGAUUAACUAAUAAAUUUGUGGAUAAAGCAAAUUUAAUUAAAGUGCUUAAUUAUAGAAUGACUGAUCCAGAAUAUUAUUUUGUUAACCCCCAAUCAGUUAUUGGUUACCCACAUGUUUUGGAAUAUGCACCAAACUGCAGAGAUUUUACUCUUCAUGCUGUGGAAAUUAAAUAUAAUAACAGAAAUGUGAACGAACAAUUUAAAUUUGAUUUACCAACAAUUGAAUGGUAA